AAUAAUGCGCACUUCGGGUUUCAGCUCCGGGACAGCAGGUUCAUCCUGGGGGCGAGUAAACAAAGGCUGUUGAGUCCAUGUUAUCAUAAUUUCUCCUCGGCUACAGUUCUCUGAACAGCCUCCCUCGUUCCUCUCAGAAGGAGCUGCUCCGCUCCACUCCCAUUGGUGAGGCGGCUCCGGGCUUUGUUCCGCCAUGGCGAUCGCCACCGUGGCCACAGAAUACGUGUUCUCCGACUUUCUGCUGAAGGAUGCCGCGGAGCCGAAAUACAAGGGGGUGCGCCUGGAGCUGGCGCUGGACAAGAUCGUGUCGUUCCUGGCGGUGGGGCUGCCGUUGUUUCUCAUUUCUCUGGCUUUCGCGCAGGAGGUUUCCGUGGGAACCCAGAUCAGCUGCUUUGCUCCCACUAACUUCUCCUGGAGACAGGCAGCGUAUGUGGACUCCUUCUGUUGGGCUGCAGUGCAGCAACAAUCUAACAGCUCACCCCUGUGGCUGCACAAGUUCUUUCCGUACGUCCUGCUCCUACUGGCCAUCCUCAUGUACAUCCCUGCCUUGAUGUGGCGCUUCACAGCGGCUCCACACCUGUCCUCUGACCUGAGCUUCAUCAUGGAGGAACUAGACCGCUUUUAUAACCGCGCUAUCCGACUGGCCAGGAAUCUGGCAUCUUUGGAUGGCAAGGAUGCAAGUGAGGAAUCGCAGAGUGCUCUGGAUUUGGCUGAAGGCUGCUUUAAAUACCCUCUGGUGGAGCAGUACCUGAAGACCAAACGCUUCUCUCGCUGCCUUGUGGUUAAAUACGUGGCCUGCCGGGGCCUGACUCUUCUCAUUCUGCUGUUGGCGUGCGUCUUCCUGGCCUACUACAUCCUGCUGGCUUCUCUCACUGAUGAGUUUCCUUGUGACCUGCGGACAGGCGUGCUGCAGAACAACAGCAUGGUGCCAUCUGCUGUGCAGUGCAAGCUCGUAGCAGUGGGUGUCUUUCGGCUGCUGAGCUACAUAAACUUGGCGGUGUACGUGCUUCUGGCUCCAUUGGUGGUGUACGCUGCCCUGGGACCUGCCCGACAGAGCUCCAGCUUCCUCCGGCCUUAUGAGAUGCUGCCUGGAUUUGGGGCUUUGGGUGUAAUCACGCCGGUCUACAACGACCUCAGCAUUUAUCUGCUGUUCCUGCAGGAGAACCUGAGUGAGCUGAAGUCCUUCAAGUGUUUGAAAGUCCUGGAGUUGCUGCAGCAAGCUGGUGAUGAGGGCUUCGACGCCAUGUGCCUGCUGCAAACUCUGGGUCAGGUGAAGACCGACGUGUUAGACAGUAAGAAGUCAAGAAUACGCAAAGAAACAGAUAAAGACGUGGAAUGACCGAACUGACCAGCUUUAGGUUUACUGCUGCAGGGUUUGUGUUUUUCAAUAAGUGAGUUCAAGAGAUAUUCAUGAAACCUGAACUCUGAAUGACAUCAGGAGAGGAAAUAAGAUGGUUCAUGCUCUGCAAGAAACAUGAAAUUGUUCUUUUAGGAAUACAAUGACGUUAUUCUUUUUCAACAGCUAUUGUCUAUAGAAUUUUGUUGCUGAACUUUUGUCUCAUCUGUUAUUAAAUUCGGUCGAGCAUUUGAUGUACUGUUUGGAUGGAUCUGACAGACAUUUUACUGUUGUUUUCAUUUCCUCAUGAAUCACUUAGAAGAUUAGAUCUUCCUUCAUUUGCACUGAAUGUGGUUCUCCGCCUUAUCGGGAGAAAUUGGUACAAAGCUGACAGUAAUAAAAAGUCAGAAGCGGAAAGAACUUUGCAGGCCUGCAUGAAGAAGAAAGUUCUUUCCUCUAGCAAUGCUGUGAAGGAAAAGAACAAACAGAAGCAGAACUUUUGCACUUAUUUUUGUCUGAAAUGCUGGAUGUGAUCAGUUCUAAUAGGCAUUAAUUUGAGUUUACUUUUUGCAGUGUAGUUUGAUGUUUUUAAAGUUUUUAUUUGAAAACUCAGAUGAUGUGUGGGGUCUAAAGACUGCUAAAGGCUAAAAGUGCAAACCUUGUAUUUGAACUUUUUCACUUGGGUUCUUUUUUAUGGUUUUACUAAAAUUUCAGACACAUUUUUGGACUAAAUGAUCUUAACUUUUUUCAGAUACCAUGGGAUGGAAAGCAUCUCAAGUUAAGUCAUUUCUAUCUAAAGUGAGCAUAGAAAAAACAAGUAUAAAGUUACAAGUAGCAUCAAUGACGAAAAUGUAAGAAAAAAAAUUGUACCUGUAUGUUUGUCUUUUUUUAGAAUGUGUGUGUUUUACUUGUGUUACUUUUUCAGAUUUUCUUGAAAUACAUUUAGCUAUUUUCUGCUGUUUGAAACCAUAAUGUAAUAAUAAUACAUCUAGCGCUGUGUUUUGACUGAAAGAAAAAGGGUCACUCAUGUUUCUCACCCUGCAUUUGUAUUCUGUGAUACCAUGAGACUGCAUACAUUCACUGGUGAUGUUAUUGCCCUGGACAAACAUGAAUAGUAGGCAUGAAGACAUAUUACAUUUUGUAAGAGUGGAUUUACUUGCACAAAUGCCAUUUCUUAAAGUCCCAUUUCAAUCAUCUUUUGAUCUAUUGUAACAGCAUUCCCAGUUUAAUUUAAUUAUGAUUAAGGCAUUUUUAGCCAAAAUGUUAAAACCUCUGACAUUUUCUAGGUCAUAGUUUGUGUAGACCGGCAGUAGUUCAUCAGCAAUUCACCUCUGAGUUAUGGGUGGGUCCAAUGGCGCAGUGUAAGCCUGCCCGCAUUUCCUAUCCGUCCUUUGUUUACACUCUCUCUUGCUAGCUUACAGUCCCUCACAACCCCAAGCAAACAUUACUGUUGGAACAAAAAUGACAAGUAAUAUUGGAGCCAUCCAGACGUACAAUUUUGAGCCAGAUUCUAGCUCAGAUGAGGAAAACCAAGAAGUGCAUGGAUCUAUUUGUUCAUUAGUGGAUGCAUCAGAAUGGAGAGGAGCAGGAAACUUUCCUGCCCACUGAUAAUAGCACAUACAUUGCUACUACAAGCAUUUUCCAACUGUUUUUUGAUUCACAACUAUUUCAGUAAAUCAGUACUCAGAAAUGAAAAUUUGA